CCACAAUGCCUGGGUCUCUUCCAGUGAAUGCUGAAUCCUGUUGGCCCAAAGAUGUGGGAAUUGUUGCACUGGAAAUAUAUUUUCCCUCUCAGUAUGUUGACCAGACAGAGCUGGAGAAGUAUGAUGGUGUGGAUGCUGGGAAAUACACCAUUGGGCUAGGCCAGUCAAAGAUGGGGUUCUGCUCAGACCGGGAGGAUAUCAAUUCUCUCUGCUUGACUGUGGUUCAGAAGCUCAUGGAGAGGAACAGCCUUUCCUAUGAUUGUAUCGGGAGAUUAGAAGUUGGAACGGAGACGAUCAUCGAUAAAUCAAAAUCUGUGAAGACUGUUCUGAUGCAGCUUUUUGAAGAAUCUGGUAAUACAGAUGUAGAAGGAAUCGACACCACCAAUGCGUGCUAUGGAGGCACCGCUGCUCUUUUUAAUGCUAUUAAUUGGAUCGAGUCCAGCUCUUGGGAUGGACGCUACGCGCUUGUUGUUGCUGGAGACAUAGCUGUGUAUGCCACUGGGAACGCCAGGCCAACAGGUGGAGCUGGUGCGGUUGCUAUGCUAGUUGGUCCAAAUGCUCCGUUAAUAUUUGAGAGAGGGUUGCGCGGAACCCACAUGCAACACGCGUACGACUUCUAUAAACCAGAUAUGGUCUCUGAAUAUCCAGUAGUUGAUGGCAAACUAUCUAUACAGUGCUACCUCAGUGCAUUAGAUCGCUGCUAUACUGUCUAUCGCAACAAAAUCCACGCCCAGUGGCAAAAGGAGGGGACAGAUAGACAUUUCACCUUGAAUGACUUUGGAUUCAUGAUCUUUCAUUCUCCCUACUGUAAACUGGUACAGAAAUCUGUGGCUAGACUAUUGCUGAAUGACUUUCUUGGUGACCAGAACCUAGAAACAGCAAAUGGUGUUUUCAGUGGUUUGGAAGCUUUCAGGGAUGUAAAACUUGAAGAUACAUAUUUUGACAGAGAUGUGGAAAAAGCUUUUAUGAAAGCCAGUGCAGAGCUCUUCAAUCAGAAAACCAAAGCUUCAUUACUCGUAUCCAAUCAGAAUGGAAAUAUGUAUACCCCUUCAGUCUAUGGUUGCCUUGCCUCUCUUCUAGCCCAGUACCCCCCAGAGCAGCUCGCAGGACAGAGAAUCAGCGUGUUCUCAUACGGCUCUGGUUUCGCUGCUACGCUGUAUUCCAUCAGAGUGACACAGGAUGCCACUCCUGGUUCUGCACUGGACAAAAUAACUGCCAGCCUUUCUGAUCUCAAAACAAGACUUGACUCAAGAAAAUGUAUUUCACCUGAUGUCUUUGCUGAGAACAUGAAGAUUAGGCAGGAAACACAUCACUUGGCCAACUAUAUUCCACAGUGUUCGGUAGACGAUCUCUUUGAGGGAACGUGGUACCUUGUGCGUGUGGAUGAAAAACACAGGAGAACUUACGCGCGGCGCCCGCUGAUGGGGGAUGGACCUCUGGAGGCAGGAGUUGAAGUUGUCCACCCAGGCGUUGUUCAUGAGCACAUCCCAAGCCCUGCUAAGAAAGUGCCAAGAAUCCCUGCAACAACAGAAUCUGAAGGCGUUACUGUUGCCAUUUCCAAUGGGGAGCAUUAAGAUACCUCUGUGAGGUGGGGAAUGAAACAAGGUGUGAGGGUAGGGUGAGAGAGAGAGAAGGAUUGCAGUAGCGCUGAAGUUUCAGUGUACAGUAGUACUUCACUGGAGCAUGGAAAAACUGUUUUAAGCUCCUUGAAAAGAUUUGUCAUAAUAUGGCGUGCUGAUAUUUAUACUAUUUCCAGAACACUAAAAUCAUGAAUAUACUGGAGAUGGAGGGACUUGCCAGGGGCUGUGUGAAUUCCUAAACGUGUCUGAAUUUUUUUAAUUGCUGAGUAGUAGCUGUAGUCUAUUACAAGGUCUUUGUACAUAGAAA